AUGGUGAAGGCAGGAAUCCUCCUCUUCCUCUACCUCCUCGUCGUUUGCAUGCCCAACGUGUCAAAUGGUGCCCACCCCGACUCUGACAAUUCAGCGACGGGAAAGCGGCAAGCAGAGUUUCCAGUCCAGUCCUCCUCCAAGUCAAAGAAAAGCUCGGUAGAAAGUGCGAUCAGCACACUGCCCAGCCCCAUCGUAGACUCUAUCUUCUCCGAGGAACACAGGAAAGCGCUCAAGAAUGAGUAUGAGACAUCGGGGCCCUAUCCUCACUGCCUCAUCAAGACUCUCUGCUCGGAGGAGAGGCUGCGAGCGGUACACGACGAGCUUGUCAACAACCUGACGGCAAACCUGAAGGAGAGCGAUCUUUUCAAAGUGUACCAGACCUGCGACCUGGCGAACCUGGGCAGGAACGGAGUGAUGAUGGACCUUGCGGAGAAGCUGCCUCAGCUCAUAUCGCUUCGUGAGGCCAUCUACUCUCAGCAGUUCCGGGAGCUCGUAAAGGAGGUGACGGGCUGCGGGGAACUGUCGGACCAGGUGGACUGCGCGACCAACUUGCACACGACGAGUUGCCACCUGCUGUGUCACGACGACGUGAUCGGGACUCGGAAAGUCUCCUACAUCAUUUACCUCACCUCGCCCGAUGAGGAGUGGAAGGAGGAGGACGGAGGGGCGUUGGAGUUGUACCCUUCUGCUGGAGAGGGGAUCCCGAAGAUCGAGCCGAGCAAAGUGAUCCUCCCGAUCUUCAACUCGCUGGCCAUGUUCAAGGAGGUAUAUACGGAAAAGCCGAGGAUGUCGAUACAGGGAUGGUUCCAUGGGCCCAAAGACACGAGCACGCACUCCAUGGCCACUGUAAAUCAGCUCAUCUCCAAGGUCGAUAACGAGGAUCCCUUCCAUGACUACGACGAUGUCGCAGGCGAUGCGAACGCGGUGCUGACUGAGGAGGACAAGGAGGAGCUGAGCUCUUUCAUCAACAGCGCCUACUUGAAGCCUGACGCCAUCGGCAAGAUGUUGGAGAAAUUUCAGGAAGAAUCUCACAUCCUGCUGUACGACUUUCUGUCGGAUGACGUCAUCGACUGCGUUCGCGAGCUCUGCUGCGAAGAAGACAGACGGCACAAGCUGGGACAAGGCACCAUCCCCAAGUACGAGGCGGGAUAUGGGGAGGGAUGGGAACCCAUCGGGCCUCCUCACAUGCGUCGGUACCUCAAGUACGACGGCCAACCAGCGCAGCCCAAGAAGGGGAGCUCAGUAGGUGCGAUCCUGCAGUGGCUGAAGCAGAAGUUUGUCUCUGCUCCUUUCCUGCGGUUCCUUAAGAGUUUCACUUCUCUGAAGCUGCUAUCGUCCAAGGGAGAGUGCAGGAGGUUCCGUCCGGGCCUCGACUACACUGUCGCUCAUUACGGGUCGAUCUGCAAGCAAGGAAGACUAAAUCUUGUGUGGUGCACAGUAGAUGACCAGUACGACGGAGAGAAAUCGAUCAGAAAGGAGAAGAUGUCGAAGCAGGACAAGAUGGACUUGUGGAGCAGCGGGGAUGUCGGGGGGUUCGAGUGCUACGUGGAAGCUGAGGAGGAGACGACAGCCGAGGCCUCCGACGUCUUCAAGAUGGAUGAUGAUGACGGGCCUUUACUUCAGGUUCUGGCUCGCAGCAACACCAUGAGCGUCGUAUUGCAGGUCGGCAUGUUGAUCAUGACAACGGGGUGA